AUGUCGAACCUCGUCGUCCUCGGCGGCGGAGAAAGUGGUGUAGGAACCGCGAUCCUCGGCCAAAAGCAAGGCUACACAGUUUUCCUCUCCGACUCCUCAAAAAUCAAAGAUACCUACAAACAAACCCUCAUACACUACAACAUACCGUUCGAAGAUGGCGGGCAUACCGAAUUCAAAAUCCUAAGCGCAGACAUCGUAAUGAAAAGUCCCGGAAUCCCCGACACAGCACCGAUAAUCCAAAAACUACUCCAAAAGACCAUGCCAGUAAUCUCAGAGAUCGAGUUUACUUCAAACCACUCUACGUCGCAAACAAUAGGUAUCACGGGUUCUAAUGGGAAAACAACGACGACGAUGCUUACCCACCAUCUUCUCGAAAACGGAGGGUUGAAUGUCGGUAUUGGGGGUAAUAUCGGAAAAAGCUAUGCCCUUCAGGUGGCUGAAUCUUCUUACACUUCUUACGUUCUCGAGUUAUCGAGUUUUCAAUUGGAUGGGAUAGUAAAAUAUGCACCGCAAAUUGCGGUUAUUACGAAUAUAAGUCCGGAUCAUUUGGAUAGGUAUGAGUAUAAAUACGAAAAGUAUAUUGAUGCGAAAUUUCGUAUCACGAUGAACCAGACGGAAGAGGAUUAUUUGAUUUAUGAUGCGGAUAAUGAAGCUACUGCGAAUUGGUUGAGUAGCAAUACGACGAAGGCUAGACUCAUUCCCUUUUCUAUCAAACGAACGAUAGAAAAUGGUGCUUAUCUAAGUAAAGAUGGCAAAAGCAUCGUUAUCAACAUCGACGAACAAGACCUCAUAAUCGACACGGAAAAUAUUUCCCUACAAGGAAAACAUAAUUACAAAAACUCCAUGGCUGCACUCAUAAUCGCCAAAAUUCUGAAAAUCGACGAAUCGUCCGUUCGGUCUAGUCUCAAAACUUUUCAAGGCGCUGAGCAUAGAAUCGAAAGAGUUCUGAAUGUGAGAGGGGUGGAAUAUAUAGACGAUUCGAAGGCUACAAAUGUGAACUCGGUAUUUUAUGCUUUGGAUGCGAUGAAGACACCGACGGUUUGGAUUGUUGGCGGGGUGGAUAAAGGGAAUGACUACAGUGAAAUUACGGAGCUAGUGAAAGAGAAGGUUAAAGCGAUUGUUUGUUUGGGAGUUGACAACAAGAAAGUAAUUGAUUUUUUUGGAGGCGUGGUGGAUAAGAUUGCUGAAGCUAAGAGUAUGGUUGAUGCUGUGAAUACAGCGCAGGGGUUUGCCAGGUCUGGAGAAACGGUUUUACUUUCGCCUGCAUGUGCAAGUUUCGAUUUGUUCAAGAGUUAUGAAGACCGAGGGAGGCAGUUUAAAGAUGCCGUGCGGGAACUCCGGGAAUAG